AUGUAUUAUCUGUGCAAAAAAGUCGCCGAUGAAUUGUCACUUUUUCGGUUUCCCGUGUAAAGUUUAUUGCUGUAUUUUUAUUAGAAAAUAGCUGGAUUUAUUUACAUAAAGCAAAAUGUCUAUUUUAGCUUAUAACGGAGGUGCUGUGGUCGCCAUGAAAGGCAAGGACUGCGUGGCGAUCGCAACAGACAAACGGUUUGGUAUUCAGGCCCAAACUGUUUCCACGAACUUCCCCAAGGUGUACCAAAUGGGCCCCUCAUUGUACGUCGGCCUCCCCGGCCUGGCUACUGAUACACAGACCGUGUUCCAGAGAUUAAAAUUUAGAAUGAACCUCUAUGAGCUCAAGGAGAACAGAAUGAUGAGACCGAAGACAUUCUCAGCAAUGCUGUCCAACCUGUUGUACGAGAGGCGCUUUGGACCUUACUUCAUUGAACCCGUCAUUGCUGGACUGGACCCCUAUGACAACCAGCCCUAUGUGUGCAAUAUGGAUCUGAUUGGCUGCCCCAACGAGCCUGAAGACUUUGUAGUGUCAGGUACCUGCUCAGAACAGCUGUAUGGUAUGUGUGAAGCUCUGUGGGAACCCAACCUGUCUCCUGAUGAGCUGUUUGAAACUAUCUCACAGGCGCUAGUAAACGCAGCCGAUCGUGACGCCAUCUCUGGUUGGGGCGCGGUCGUGUACAUUAUCGAGAAAGACAAGAUUACUGAGAAACACGUCAAGACGAGGAUGGACUAGUUUAUUGUAAGAUACGUCGGUCUGGGGAGCUUUUACUAAUAAAAUUAUUUUAAAACUUA